AGAGUUGGCAGUUCUGUCUCGCAUUUGUAAACAAAUUUCUCGAGCUCCUUAAUAAACUUUACAAUUUUUAAUCAAAAACAGACAAGAUGGGUAAAAGACAACAUCAAAAGGAUAAAAUGUACCUCACGUACACGGAAUGGAGUGAGUUGUACGGCGGGAAAAAGGUGGAAUCCGCGGAGAACGACCAUGUCAAGUUCAAGCGGCUUCCAUUCGAGCACUGCUGCAUCACUAUGGCGCCCUUUGAGAUGCCCUACUGCGACCUCCAGGGCAAUGUCUUCGAGUACGAGGCCAUCCUGAACUUCCUAAAGACCUUCAAGGUGAAUCCCAUCAACGGGCAGAAGAUGGACUCCAAGUCCCUGAUCAAGCUGCACUUCCACAGGAAUGCCAACGAUGAGUACCAUUGCCCCGCCUUGUUCAAGCCCUUCAGCAAGAACUCGCAUAUCGUGGCGGUGGCCACCACGGGAAAUGUCUACUGUUGGGAGGCCAUCGACCAGCUGAACAUUAAGACCAAAAACUGGAAGGAUCUGGUUGAUGAUACGCCCUUUCAGCGCAAGGACAUCAUCACCAUACAAGAUCCUCAAAGGAUUGAAAAGUACGACAUAUCCACCUUCCAUCACAUCAAAAAGAACCUGCGAGUUCUCACGGAGGAGGAGCAGCUGGAGCGGAAGAAUCCCGGCAGCAUGCGCAUCAAGACUAUGAACCUAGAGACCAAGGAGACGCUGGCACAGCUGCAGCAGGACUAUCAGCCGGCGGAGGAGGAGCCCUCCACCUCCAAGCGCACAGCCGAUAAGUUUAAUGCCGCCCACUAUUCAACUGGAGCGGUGGCCGCCAGUUUUACAUCCACCGCCAUGGUGCCCGUGUCCCAAAUAGAGGCGGCAAUUAUAGAUGACGAUCUGGUAAAGUACGAGCGGGUUAAAAAGAAGGGCUACGUUCGUUUAAAUACCAAUCAUGGCCCCCUCAAUCUGGAACUCUUCUGCGACCAAACUCCUCGAGCCUGCGACAACUUUAUUAAGCACUGCGCCAAUGGCUACUAUAACAAUGUUAUGUUCCAUCGAUCCAUUAGGAAUUUUAUUGUGCAAGGAGGCGAUCCAACCGGCAGUGGUUCUGGUGGUGAAUCCAUUUGGGGCAAGAAGUUCGAGGACGAGUUUAAGCCAAAUCUCACGCACACCGGCCGAGGUGUUCUCUCCAUGGCCAAUUCUGGACCCAACACCAAUGGCUCUCAGUUCUUUAUAACCUACCGCUCCUGCAAACAUCUCGAUGGAAAGCACACCAUUUUUGGCAAGCUCGUCGGCGGCUUGGACACGCUUCAGAAGAUGGAGAACAUCGAGGUGGACAACAAAGACAGACCCAUUGAGGACAUCAUCAUUGAGAGCUCUCAGGUCUUUGUGAAUCCCUUUGCCGAGGCAACCGAACAGUUGGCCAAGGAGCGCGAGGAGGAGGCGGCCAGCAAGGAGGAGACUGUCAAGAAGGAGGAGCAGCAGAAGCGCUUGAAGGAGCCCUUGAAAGUGUAUAGGGAUGGUGUGGGCAAGUACCUGAAACUACAGGCAGUGGCCAAGAAGCCGGACUCGUCGCUUUCUGCCACCCAAGCAGCCAAGAAAAAAAAACUAGCAAAUGGUUUUGGAAAUUUCUCCAGCUGGUAGUCGUUGCCCUUGCAAAAAUUAAAAAAGUUUAAGAGAUUGUAUGUUGGUAUAAAAAUA